AUGGCUGGUGACAAGUCCGCUUCCAACGAUGAGAAGAAGGUCUCUCGCCAGAAGGCCUGUGAUGAGUGCAAGGCCAAGAAGAAACGUUGCACGCACUACCUGGGCGCUGAGGUCGCUGCCCCCGCUGUUCCUUCUGCUUUCAAGUCGGCGCCCGCACUCAACGCGGGGCGUCGCACCGCUGCUGCUGGCAUUGUCGUUGCUUCUAGUCCAGCCGACCACAUGGCCGCGGCCGCUAUCAACAACGAGCGUCGUAACAGCUUAGAUGUCGAGAUUGAUGCUGUUCUGAGGGCCAUCGAGGCCGGUGAGUAUGAACGCCGGGAGGACAACUUCUCUGAGGCGUCCACUUUGUCCGAGGAGCCAGAGGACAUCCCCUGGGAUCCCGCCCAGAGCCGCAAGCGUGGCCGUUCCACUCUGUCCGAGGAGCCUGAAGAUAUCGCCGCGGGCCUCACCCUCGCCCUGAAGCGCAAGCGUGGUCGUCCCUGCAAGCCCAUCGUCGCUCCCAAGCCUCGUGGUCUUCCCAAUGUCCCCGAGGACGCUCUCGAGGCAGCCAGCGCCAUGGCUAUUCACAAGGUCUUUGCCCAGGAGCUACAGGAGAAGCUGGGCGAGUUCGACAUGCAGGUCCAGGCUAGCGUGCAGGCUCACAAGUCCACCAUGAAUGCCGCCAACUCGGUUCGCCGCACGGUCGACAACUGGCUGGAGACCUGGGUCAAGGGCCUUGCCAAGUGA